AUGCAUAUCGUGGUGGUGGCAACAGCCUUGAUACUGCUCCUAAGCAUGGGGUGGACCUCGGACUCUCUCUGCUCACCCACCAUUUUUUACAGAGACUGUUGGAUCCGUCGCUUCCCAGGGCUUCUGAUUGACCUGGAGGAGUCUCAGAAGCUGGGAGCUCAGUUCCUGAAGUAUUAUUCUGAAAGCACAGGCCAGAAAUGCAGCAGGAGCUGCUGCCUUAGGAAGGAUGUUUCCUGUAAUGUGGCUGUCUUCUACCAUGAUCCUAUUCAUGACAAUGUCAACUGCCUCCAUAUUCACUGCCCCACGCUGGAGAGCUGCAUAUUAGAGCCCGGAACCAGUGCCAUUUUAUACAACAUAACAGAAGGUAUAGAUCCAGAUUUGCUGGUUUUUGAACAAUCACCUCCCACAUAUCUAAAUACCCGUUCUUCAUCUAACACAUGGGACAGACUAAGGAUUUUAAAAGCUACACAUUUAGAUAAACAACAAACUACCGUGAUAAACCAAAUGCUACCAUCAACAGAGGCACCAUCAUCAACCCCACAUCAAGAUUUGGUUGUCAACACAAACAAUACCAGGUAUUCCAAGGAAUUAACCACAGAUUCCUGGGCAAGACUCAUUUCCCUGAAUGACUCCAUUACCACAGAGGUAAAUAUGGUGUCACACAGCACUGAUUUCAUCAAUAACCCAGAUAACAAGACUAUUUCUCCUUUCUUUGUUCCCAUAGACACGAAACUUUUUCAUAGGCCUAUUCCAUCCCAAGUCAACAGUAGCAAGCAAUUACUAAACAAAACCAAGGGGUCCAACAGCAGAAACCACACAUGUGAGAAUGAAGACAUGACACCUGAAUGGGCAUCUGUGACUUCAAAGAUGUGGCUGGCUCCGGUGGCCCUCUGUACCUCUGUCAUCUUUCUUUGCUGUUGUAUAAUCAUCCUGGCAUCUGGAUGCUGUAGAAAGCAGCAGGGCCAGUAUAAGCCAGGACAGAGAAAGUCAGGAUCCAAGCAUAUUAAAAAAAUUUAA